AUGGAAUUCUACUACAAUGCCAGAGUAUUCCGGGGAACACCCCAUUUUGAGACCCACAUCCAAUCCAAAGUUGGGGGGGUAAUUUUCGACUUCACCGAGCAGGACUUUGGUCGGUGUUUCAGUCUGCCCAAGCAAGGGAUCACAGAUCUCAAUCCUCCUGCGGACAUUAAGGCUGAGGUAUCCCUAGCCUUUGCCCGGUCGGAUGAACCUGUCAAUGAUCAUGAUGACAAACAUGUCAUCUACCCUGAAUCAGUACUGGAAUUCUUCUACAAUGCCAAGGUUUUUCGUGGAACUCCUCACUUUGACAAACAUAUUCAGUCAAAAGUAGGAGGGAUUGUAUUCGAUUUCACUGAAAGUGACUUUGCAAGAAGUUUUGACCUACCAAAGCAAGGGCUGACCGACUUAGCCGAGAUCUCCUUAGCCUUUGCCUGGUCAAAUCAACCAGUUGAUGACCACGGUGCCAAGUCACUGUUGAAAGAUGAAUACCAGCUUCUCAACGACGUGAUCAGUCGAGGCAUCCUGGGAAGGGAUGUAACCAACACUUAUUGUACCGCUGCUUUCAACAUGAUGGCCGCUAUAACCACGGUCGGUCUCGUUCCUCAACUAAGCUGUCUGCUUCUAGAGCUUGGAGUUCCACCCUGUCCGGGCGAAGGGUUGAACCAGGCCCAGGAAGCGGUGGAGGAAUUUUUCCAAACCGUAUCUCUCGCCGAAAGAACAAUAACCGCAACUGUUAGCGGUCAGCAGCUAGAGUUGACAGAAGAGUCAGUUGCUGAUAUACUACGCCUGCCAUCAGAAGGAACCAACCUCCCGUCGACCCUAGAACAAGAGACUUUCGAAGCGGCUUGCCAAGUUCUUUCGGAAACUAAAGUUCCUAUCGGGGUCUCCGGAAAGAAAACAAGUCUUCGACCGGAGUACAGACCGCUAUGUGAUAUCUUCACAAAAUCGGUCCAGGCUAGAGGGGGAAACUAUGAUAGUCUCACCCGGGCGAAAAUCGAGAUGCUUGCCGGUUUAAUUAUGCUCCACCACAACAUCAACACCGGUCUUGAUGUUCUUCUUUCGUCAAGUAAAAUCAUAAGAUCCCGCCAAUUCACGGACAGGAAGAGCACAAGAAAGGUCUCCGGUUCUAUAGGUGGCAGAAGGAAGAAGGGAGCCGUAAAGAAAGUAGCUCCGGUAAAAGAAAAAUCCGGAGGCAAGAAAGACAAACAACCGAUCGAAUCUGCUGAUCCGCAGUCUGAAACACCCAAUGAGGACGAUUUGGCCUCCAACUCUGACCGAACAAAUUCCCACAAUACCGAAGAAGAUCAGUCUGGUAAAGGGGAAGACCGAAUAAGCGAGGAUCAAUCGGCCAGUCUUGACAAUGCUGAUACCGGUGCAGACGGCCCUGGGGAAGAAGAUGUUCACGCUAACGACAACACCCAGGAGGUGGCCGAGAAUAUUGUGAGCAGAAUCAUGGAAGAAAUCAACCAGCAUGGUCGCGAGGCGUCCGAAGUAUUAUGUCAAUGGAUCCGGCACCGACAUCAUCUAUUUUACAAAGACAUGCUACCGGGUCUAUCCGUUGGCCAAAAAUUCGAAAGGUUGAUGGAGAUGGAGGAGGAAGUCAUCAUCCUCACAAAGGCUGAAGAUGCCAAAACCGCCUUAGACCGAUACGCAUUAAUAGAACCUCGUGCUCGGUUAAUAAAACUCACCGAACACAUUCAAUGCCUUAGAGAAAAACACACUCCGGACACACCGAACUCCCAACUACAACUCUUGGUGUUGGAGCUGCUUGCGGUCAAGGAAAGGGAGCUGAGCGAUGAAGUGGCGCGGCUUGAAGUAGUGCCCGAACGACAAGAAACGACGAACUCACUGUCUCAUAGGGAUGAUGGCGGUCAGAACUCGAUCGAUGAAGUGCCAGCCUCUCCUCCAGCAGAUCAGACUAUCCAAAUGACCGACGAAAGGACAGAGACACCUCUCACCGACACACGCGCAUUUGAUCAACCCAGGGAUUCAGAACCGGCCAUUACGGAAGAGAGGGUCAUAUCUAUCAUAGAAGAAUUUGCCAACGACGUGGUUCGACCUUGGAAGAAGAAAAUUAAGAAAACCACGGUCCAAGCGGUCAAGAUAUCCGAGACAACAAGGGAUGAUCUUGGCGAGGCGGUCAAGCGGAUCACAUCGGCCGAAACCAACUACGGUAAUGCCGAUGUACUGUACGACGCUCAUCUUAAGCGAACCAAGGCCUUGGAGGAUAUGACUCCAAAGUUGGUGGAUGACCUCGAGUCGGUUAGCAAAAAGGUCGAUGAGGACCUGGAGCGGUCAAGUGCCCAAGCCGGUUCAAUACUCGACCGAGUCAUAAGUCUUGAAGAAAAGAAUACAAGUCUUGAGGAAAGGAACACCAAGCUUGAGGCUGACCUCAAGGCGGUCACCGAACAGGUGACUGAAUUGAUAAAGGCCAAACUUGCUACGGAUAAAGCAACUGAGGAGGCGAAUUCCCUCGCGGCCCGACAACUUCAAGAUGCGCUGGACGAGGAGACGCGGAAAAAGAUGGAGGCGGCAUGGUCGGAUGCGAACAUAGCCAAACAUCUGCGAAACAUAGCGGUCACCAAACCGGACAUCGCAAAAACCAUGGCGGCAACACAAGCCGAAGAUGCUAAGCGGCUACAAGCUCAGAAACAAUUGUACGAGGAUUAUGCAAAGAUUCACAAGAAGUCCUAG